AAAAAAGUGAUGAGUUGUGAGGCAGGUCGCGGCCCUACAGCCCCAGGAGACGAUGCGCAGCUCAUUUGCUUAAAUUUGCAGCUGACGGCUGCCACCUCUCUAGAGGCACCUGGCGGGGAGCCUCUCAACAUCAGACAGUGACCAGUCUGGUGACUCACAGCCGGCACAGCCAUGAACUACCCGCUAAUGCUGGAAAUGGACCUCGAGAACCUGGAGGACCUGUUCUUGGAAUUUGACAAAUUCGACAACUAUAACGAUACCUCCCUGGUGGAAAAUCACCUCUGCUCUGCCACGGAGGGGCCCCUCAUGGCCUCCUUCAAGGCUGUGUUCGUGCCCGUGGCCUACAGCCUCAUCUUCCUCCUGGGCGUGAUCGGCAACGUCCUGGUGCUGGUGAUUCUGGAGCGGCACCGGCAGACACGCAGCUCCACGGAGACCUUCCUGUUCCACCUGGCCGUGGCCGACCUCCUGCUGGUCUUCAUCUUGCCCUUUGCUGUGGCCGAGGGCUCUGUGGGCUGGGUCCUGGGGACCUUCCUCUGCAAAACUGUGAUUGCCUUGCACAAAGUCAACUUCUACUGCAGCAGCCUGCUCCUGGCCUGCAUCGCCGUGGACCGCUACCUGGCCAUUGUCCACGCCGUCCACGCCUACCGCCACCGCCGCCUCCUCUCCAUCCACAUCACCUGCGGGACCAUCUGGCUGGUGGGCUUCCUCUUUGCCUUGCCGGAGAUUCUCUUUGCCAAAGUCAGCCAAGCCCAUCCCAACAACUCCCUGCCACGUUGCACCUUCUCCCAAGAGAACCAAGCUGAAACGCAUGCCUGGUUCACCUCCCGAUUCCUCUACCAUGUGGUGGGAUUCCUGCUGCCCAUGCUGGUGAUGGGCUGGUGCUAUGUGGGGGUAGUGCACAGGUUGCGCCAGGCCCAGCGGCGCCCUCAGCGGCAGAAGGCAGUCAGGGUGGCCAUCCUGGUGACGAGCAUCUUCUUCCUCUGCUGGUCACCCUACCACAUCGUCAUCUUCCUGGACACCCUGGUGAGGCUGAAGGCUGUGGACAAUACCUGUGAGCUAAAUGGCUCUCUCUCCGUGGCCAUCACCAUGUGUGAGUUCCUAGGCCUGGCCCACUGCUGCCUCAACCCCAUGCUCUACACUUUCGCUGGCGUGAAGUUCCGCAGUGACCUGUCGCGGCUCCUGACCAAGCUGGGCUGCACUGGCCCUGCCUCCCUGUGCCAGCUCUUCCCUAGCUGGCGCAAGAGCAGUCUCUCUGAGUCAGAGAAUGCCACCUCCCUCACCACGUUCUAGGUCCCAGUGUCCCCCUUUAUUGCUGCUUUUCCUUGGGGCACGCAGUGAUGCUGGAUGCUCCCUCCAACAGGAGCUGGGAUCCUAAGGGCUCACGGUGGCUUAGAGUGUCCUAGGAGUAUCCUUAGCUGGGGUAGCUGGAGGAACCAACCCCCAUUUCUAGGACAUCCCUGCCAGCUCUUCUGCCAGCCCUGGGACUCAGCUGGAGCCCAGGGAGCGGAAAGCAGCUCGAAGGCACAGUGAAACCUGUCUCUACCCAUCUGCACCCUCCUGGGCUGAGAGAACCUCAUGUACCUCCCAUUCUAAUCACCCAACGCUCAGGAAACAACUUCUACUUCUGCCCUUGCCAACGGAGAGCGCCUGUCCCUCCCAGAACACACUCCAUCAGCUUAGGGCUGCUGACCUCCGCAGUUUCCCCUCCUACCCACCUGUCCGCAAGGCCAGGAGAAGCUGAUCCCCUCUCCCCUCCUACCCACCUGUCCGCAAGGCCAGGAGAAGCUGAGCACCAGGGGAUGAGUGGAGGUUAAGGCUGAAGAAAGGCCAGCUGGCAGCAGACUGUGGCCUUCAGACAACUCAGUCCCUAAAAACACAGACAUUCCACCAAGUCCCCAAGCCUGCAGCCAUUUUGACCAAGCAGGAAGCUUGGACUGGUUGAAUUCAGGUAGCUGCCACUGGCUCGGACUGAAACAGUGCUUGGUCCUCCCCAUGUCACCGGGUCCUGGGUGGUUUGCAGGCAAGGCCGUCUCUAGGUGCCCUUGGAGACCAGCCAGUGACCUGAGGAAGUGCAAAGGCCAAAAAGCAAGAGAGAAACCCGACAGAGGAAAGAAAAGAGCUUUCUUCCCCAACCCCAAGGAGGGACAUGGAUCAAUGAAACCCGGUGGUCCCCUCCACCAGGCGAGAUGGAGUGGGGUGGAGAACUCCUAGGGUGGCCGGGUCCAGGGGAUGGGAGGUUGUGGGCACUGAUGGGGAAGGAGUCUGGCUUGUCGCCUCCUCACUCCCUUCCCACAAGCUACAGACCCGAGGAAACUCAGGAGUCCGAAUGGAGAAAGGUGGACUGGAAGGGGCCUGUGGGAGUCAACUCAACCAUCCCUUCUGUGGCAUCACCUUAGGCAGGGAAGUGUAAGAAACACAUUGGGGCAGGGAAGUCCCCAGGCCCCAGGAAGCCGUGCCCUGCCCCUGCGAGGAUGUCACUCAGAUGGAACCGCAGGAAGCUGCUCCGUGCUUGUUUGCUCACCUGGGGUGUGGGAGGCGCUCCCUCCCACCUCCCUCCCACAGUUCUGGGCACUCCCUCCCACCUCCCCAGCCUUUGAUCGGGUAGGGAGUCAGGGACCCCUGCACUUGUCCCACCAAGCCAAGCAGCCAAGCUCCUUGGGAGGCCCCAUUGGGGAAAUAACAGCUGUGGCUCAGGGGAGAGUGUCUUCACGGCAGAACAAGGAAGACCUGGGAUGCGCCUUUUUUCUCUGACUAUCUCCUAGCAAGCUAGGUAAUCUAAUCCACAGAGGAGUCUGAAGCAGAGGCAAAGAGGCAAGAGGCUGGAUUUUGAAUUUUCUUUUUAAUAAAAAGGCACCUAUAAAACAGGUCAAUACAGUACAGGCAGCACAGAGACCCCCGGAACAAGCCUAAAAAUUGUUUCAAAAUAAAAACCAAGAAGAUGUCUUCACAUAUUGUA